GUCGCCAUUUUCCAUAUUCGGUCUGCACGUACCUUGGUGCCGCGGCAGGUGAGUGGAAGAGAUGGAAAACUGAAAGGGCGCGCCCUCGGCAAGUCUCGCAGUGACUCAAUUGGCAUUGGGCUCCUGGCUGGUGAGGGGUUCUGUGCUUGUUUGCGGGUGGUGGCCGCCAGGGCGCUCGUCUGGGGCAGGUGUCGACGAUGGUGGCCUCGACCCACUAUUUUUAUCCUUACAGUGACUCGACCCAUUGCAUUAUAUCAACUUUAUAUCCCACCGUGGCAUAAGACUGGUCGAGCCAAUUCGCAUCCAUUGUGGCCUGGCUGCCUGUCGCAAUUCGAUUGCCCAUCUCCCUAGAUAAAGCCAUGACCUCGCAGGCUUCGCGGUCUACGGCAGCGGCCCUGGGCCGGCUGGGCCAGCUCGCCCGACAGGCUGGACAGCGGCGGCAGCAGCAGCAGGUGCGCUUAUACUCGGCCGCCUCGGCCGACGCCAUCCCGCCCUCCAAGAAGAAGUACGUGCCCUCGAGCGGCACCUACCCGCGGGCCUUCCGGGCGUCGGGCAUCGUGGUGGGCGUCAAGCCGGGCAACAAGACCAAGCCCGACCUGGCCCUGCUGGCGUCGGACGUGCCGUGCGCCGCCGCCGCCGUCUUCACCAAGAACCGGUUCCAGGCGGCGCCCGUGACCUUCAGCCGCGACCUGCUGCGGCGCAAGGGUAACGCCGGCGUCGCGGGCGUCAUCGUCAACUCGGGCUGCGCCAACGCCGUCACGGGCAAGGGCGGGCUCGAGGACGCGGCCGCCAUGGCGCGCGAAGCCGACCGCGCCUUGGGCGGCGAUGACGGCACCCUCGUCAUGAGCACCGGCGUCAUCGGCCAGCGCUUGCCCAUCAAGCGCAUCCUCGACAAGGUCCCCGCCGCCGCGGGCGCCCUGGGCGCGUCCCACGACCACUGGCUCGCCUGCGCGCGCGCCAUCUGCACCACCGACACCUUCCCCAAGCUCGCGUCGCGCACCUUCCACCUGCCCUCGUCGCCCGGCGUCGAGUACCGCAUGGCCGGCAUGAUAAAGGGCGCCGGCAUGAUCCACCCAAACAUGGCCACACUGCUGGGCGUCAUCGCCACCGACGCCCCCGUCGCCCCUGCCCUGCUGCCCGCCGCCCUGCGCCACGCCGCCGACCGCUCCUUCAACAGCAUCACCAUCGACGGCGACACCUCGACCAACGACACGGUCGCCCUGCUCGCCAACGGCGCCGGCGGCGGCCGCGAGGUCGCCGACGAAGCCUCGCCCGACUACGCCCGCUUCCGCGACGUGCUGGCCGCCUUCGCCGCCGACCUAGCCAAGCUCAUCGUGCGCGACGGCGAAGGCGCCACCAAGUUCGUCACGGUCCGCGUCGUCGACGCCGCGACCGAGGAGGCCGCCCGCAAGGUCGCCAGCACCAUCGCGCGCUCCCCGCUCGUCAAGACGGCCCUGUACGGCAAGGACGCCAACUGGGGCCGCAUCCUAUGCGCCACGGGCUACGCGCUCGUCUCGGAGCCCGGCGCGCCCGACGCCGCCGCCGCUGCGCCCGAGGCCGACUCCAACAUCGCCCCCGACAGGACUAGCGUUUCCUUCGUGCCCACAGACGGCACCGCCGAGCUCAAGCUGCUGGUGAAUGGCGAGCCCGAGCAGGUUGAUGAGGUCCGCGCCGCAGAGAUCCUGCAGCUCGAGGACCUUGAGAUCCUUGUCCGGCUGGGCACCGGGUCCGCCGAGGCGACCUACUGGACCUGCGAUUUCAGCCACGAAUAUGUGACUAUUAACGGUGACUACCGUACAUAGUGGCGAUUAUGCAUCUAAGUGACGGCCAUGUAAACUGAUGUCUUUGCUUUCAUAUCAUGAUAGACAGCUGGGGAAAAGGCAACUAUUUACAGCAUCUAAUAUAAAAAAGACACUUGGACACGAGGGCUAUCCAGAUUUAUCGUGCGGGCACCAAUGCAGGGUAUGAUGCAUGUUUUCACCCAACAUAGUGAUUACACCAACCUAAAAUUUCAAAUAUGCA